AUGAAAAGGCUCUGUAAGGAAGCUAUACACGAGUUCGUCGGAAGAUAUAUGUCCUGCAGCUAUGUCAACGAAAACGCAGACUGGGAAUGCGUGAACACAAAGAAUGGUCAUGUCAAAGGCCACCAAAGUGAAUUUGGAGAUUAUUUCGCGGAUGGAGAGUUCGAAGAAGCUGAGUCACCCAACGAGGACAGCCUUGUGACAGCAAUCGAAACCAAAAUUCAUGAAAUAGUAGCAAAAGCGCGGAAUAUUGCGGGUUCGAGUCCUCAAAAAUGGUACUCGUUUGUGAGCGUGAAUCACAAGCAGUGUAUGGAAGAACUCAGGAAGCUUGGGGUCUAUCCCAGGAGAAAAAAUUACAGGAGGAUACUAAGCCGAUUUCUUCCCCUCUGGUUUGAGGGCAAUUUCUUUACAAAUUCCCAAUUCUGCACUUUGUGCCUUUUUGGGAAGUCUGAAUACCGGCUCCCAUGUCAGCACAUGAUAUGCGGUACCUGCUUGAAAGAAAACUCAUCCAACCGCAUACAAGAGCCCGAUGCUAUGGCUGUAUUGGAGAAAUGCGUUCUUUGUGACGAUAAUGGCCGAUCUCACGGGUGGCCCUUCACCGUCCAGAUGCUACCAGCGCUCGCCAAUCCACGAAUCUUGGCUUUGGAUGGGGCGGGUGUUCGAGGAGUAACACAGCUUGUCCUGUUGGAAAGACUUGAAGAGUCUAUCGGGCUUGGUCUGCCAAUUGGGUAUUUUUUUGACCUCGUUGUUGGUUCAUCCAUGGGUGGCAUCGUUGCACUAGGACUUGGGGUCGAGGGCCUUCCCGCAAGUGAAUGUCUAGAAAGAUUCAAGGCAAUUAGCUCCGAAGGCUUUGACAACAAGUUGGGUACAAAAACACCAGGAUUAAAAUUGAUCUCGAGACGAAUUCGUGGGUCGAUCUACCUUCAAGACAGCUAUAGUCGCGCUAUAGAGGAGUACUUUGACAAUCGUAAGGGGAAUAUUACAUACGGAUUGCGAAACCAUUGUCGCGUGGCCGUCACAACCACUGUUGGGAGCGAUGCCCGUCUCAUAGCGAAUUAUCACGCCGGAGAUGAUGAAAAGUAUAUUAACUCUAAGAUGACAAUAUCAGAUGCGGCCAAGUGUUCAUCCAUGGCACCGCUAUAUUUCGAACCUAUGCUCGUAAAUGGAAUGGAAUUUUGGGACGGUGGUCUCACAGCGAAUAACCCGGUUCAGCUAGCUCUCGACGAAUCAAACCUUCUCUGGGGUAAACCCCGUCCCGAUUUGGUGCUCUCUAUUGGCACUGGACAUUCAUCUGCACUACAAGAUGAGCCGGUGGGUUUGAAGAAUUUGGAUGAGAAACUAAAAGAACUAAUGAUCCUAUGGUUACGGACGAUGAAUGGACAACAAGAUUGGAAAAAUUUCUGUAACUCGAAAAGGAACGACCCUGACACGCUAGCACGAUGCCAUCGCCUGAGUGUCUCCUCUGUUUUUGGACGCGAAGCCGCUUUCGAUGAAGCCGAUAGGAUUAUAAGCAUGGAAAUGAAAGCUCAAGGAUACAAUGAGAGGUAUAAAAAGUCAUACAGCUUAUAUGAGCCGGUUUCCGGAGAGUGUAGAGAUGACAUUAUAGAGGUACAAGCAAACAUACUGAGAGCAAGCCAAUACUAUUUCAAGGUGGCUCGCAUACUUAAGGGAGGAAAUGAGAAAUUUUUUAUCUAUGGAAGUUUGAGAUGUAGGCUCAACCUUAUUCACGGGGAGCCUUUCCUUUACCUCUUGAAAUUCACAAAUUAUUUUACAAUCAACCGACUGAAGGUUUUUGAUGUCGACGAGCCCAUCCGGCGGAGUCAGUUCUUCGAUAUGCCAGUUCGGUUUGAACACUCUUCUGCAUCCGGGCCCAUCAGGAUCGCUGUGAAUUUCAAUGAGGAUACCUAUUCGGUUGCAAUAAGUGGAUUUCCAAUGGAUAUCCAGGUUUUGAGGGAUUAUUGUGCGGAAACUGGGAUUGAGGAGGAAGAACUAGACGUCAAUUUUAAUUUCGAGGAUGAUGAUAAGGAGCAAACGAUAGUUUCCGAAGAUGGUAGUUCGAACAGUGACCCGAUCGAAAGGGUCAUGACCCCAUCUACAACUGCGAGCGACUUUCUUUAG